GAGAUCCAGGAGGAGGAGCUGCGGAGAUUCACCUCCCGCCUGGCCGCCCUCCUGCAGGGCCCGGAGCUGGGCCCCGAGGCCGUGGACUGUCUCCAGAGGCUGCACCUCACCCUCGCCGCCACCAAGUAUCCUCGCAAGCUAGAUGGCAAGUUCGUGGAACUGUUGCAGACAGUGCUGUGUUCAUCCAAAUGCCCUGAGCAGAUUCAGGUGUUAUGUGCUGCCAUCCUGAGAGAGAUGUCACCUUGCAAUGAUCUGAUCCUCUCCUGUGAUGAAAUUGAAGAUACAAAGCUCUUGAGCUUGGUAUCCUCCGUCCUUUUGGCUCAGGGAAAUAAGGCUGAAGUGUCUGCUGUGGGGCAGCGUGUUGUAAAAGUCCUUGAAAGAAGACUACCUGAGGGUCAGGGUGCUCAAUACCUUCUUCCUGUCCUCUCAAAUGUCAUCAGUCUUUCACCAGAAUCUCUAACUGAAGAGCAGACCAAUGUAGUCAGUAAGAAGAUGGCUCACUGGCUGAGGUAUGCGAGUGUUCAGCAAGGAGUCACUCGACCAUCUGGAGGCUUCUUCUCCAGUCCCAGGACCAGACAGCCUGAUCUUGUCACAGAGGUGGAUGGUGCCAUUGCCACAGAUUUCUUCACAGUGCUCUCAGUGGGUCAGUGCUACACACAGGACCAGUGGCUCAACGUGCAAGCCUUCUCCAUGCUGCGAAAUUGGCUGCUGUGCUACGGGGGCAAGGGGUUGAAGACACGUAGUUCAGAUGACAAACCAAGAAUGAACAGGUCUGUUAUGUCCAUAGUCUCAACUACAUUCACAUCUAGUCGCCUGCUUCCCCCAAAGGACCGUCUGCGGGAGAAAGCCUUCGAGUACUGCCAGCGGCUUAUUGAGCAGAGCAACCGGCGACCCUUGAAGAAAGAUGAUGGAGACCUGCAGAAAGCUUGUCUCAUUGAGGCAGUGACAAUCAUGGACAUCAUCUGCAAACAGGAUUCCUCCUACGUGUACCGCGCAGUCUCCAUCCUGAAAAUCCUGCACGGCAGAAUCUGUGGGGAUGCCUCUUAUGCCAGGGCACUGCUGCCCAUUGCCCAGUUCUUCCUGAACCACGGCAAAAUGGCAGCUGUGAACUCCGAUGCGAUCUACAAACACUUACUCACUGACAUUCCGGCUCAGCUCUUCCACAACCCAUCACUGGCCUUCGAAUUUGUCCAGUUCUGCAAAGACAACAGCCAGCUCUUCACUGAGACCCCCAGCAUAUUCAGGGAGAGCUUCCCAAAUCUCUUCAAGUUCCUGGCGUGGAACAGCCCACCCCUUAUCUCUGAGUUUGUGGACCUACUUCCAUUUCUGCUGGAUGCAGGCACAGCUGUUGAGAUCUUCCAUAUGCUGCUCGACUUGCCCUGUUUAACUGCAGCUCUGGACAUCCAGCUGAGGUCAGCUGCUCUUCCUACCUCAGAGAAGGCUGCCUGCGACCCAGCUGUGAAGCCAGCCACCUGUCUGGAAGCCUUUCACCAUCCCCUCUACAAGAACAUGUUCCAGUAUCUUCUCCGCAGCAAGUCUACUCCUGAGGAUGCCCCAGAGAGGCUUAUUCCGCUUCGGCAGCUACUGGGAUCACUGGCCAGCAGCCCAAGGGUCGUGCAAUGCGCAGAGACUGUCCCUGUCUUACUGGAGCUCUUUUUCAGGGUGGUGGCAGAGUUUGCAGAUGGAGCACUGAUAAACCAGCUGGUGGUGCUGCUGCUGCAGAGGAGCGACCAGCUCUACGAGAUCCCAGCCUUUAAAGAUGACGUGUACAGGGUGCUGAGCUCGCAGCUGGUGAUGCUCUGCAAGCUGCACCCUGCACUCAUCACGGAACUGUCUACAGAGAUUCUGGAGUUCUCAGGAGCAGUCAGCAACAUCCAGAACAAGGAAGCCAUCUUCACCCAUGUGGUCUGGGCUAUUGGAGAGUACAUGUCUGUGUCCUAUGACAAGCGCUGCACUGUGGAGCAGAUCAGCUGGUUCUUUGAGACUUUAGAGGCUGUGCUGUUUGAAAUCACCCAGCUUCGACCACUGGCCAGCACCCCCAAAUACCCACCUCAUGCCAUCUGUGUCCUUAUGGCCACCUUGACCAAGCUGGCAACUCGCAGCCAGGACUUGAUCCCCAGAGUGUCCAUGUUCCUGUCCAAGAUGAGGACGUUUGUGCAGAGCCCUGCUGUCACCUCUGUUUACUGUGAGGAGGACCUUGAGGAGAUCCUCAUCCGAGCAACCGAGCUCAUGAACCUACUGAAAAUGCCAAGUGUGGCUCAGUUUCUGUUCACGCUGCCUGGAAACGUGGCCAGCACACAGUUUCAGAGAGAGGUGAAUGACACUCUCCCUUUUGCCCUCAGGAUAGUCACCCGUCUCCUAGAGCCAGCUCCUGGCUCCAUGCCAGGGUGAGGGCACGAGGUUUCAGACAGGCUCCAGCCUCUAUUGGAACUCAUCAGAAACUGCUGUUGCUCAAGGCUGAGU